AUGCCUGCCUCUUUAACCUCGAAAAUAAGCCGUAUGAGAUCUGUUAAACUUCCUUUCAAUAGAAAACGCUCUGAUUCGCCACCGCCACCGAUGACAUCCUCUAAAGAAACAACAACGUACUAUUCUCAAGAAAUGAAUACUGAAUCAAACAUUUUCAAUACCCCUGAACCCACACUGAUUUAUACGAUGGAUAGUCAAUUACCCAAAAGUAGCUUUUUAGAAGCUUUGAAUUCAGUGUCCAAACAAGCAAUUCGCACACAAUUUGAUGAUGUUUUCGACAGUUUCUUCUUUAAUGAUAAACGUUGUCAGCUUCGAGCACUGUUUAUGACGGCUCGAUUGAAGCAAAAUCUAGACAGUACGACUAUGGCAUCCUCUCAUCAUCCGUCUUCAUCACUUGACCCAAAUUUGCUGCACCAACCACCACAGCGAUCCUCCUCACAGCAACACAAGUCAGUUGACAGGUUCUGGCGUACUGUUUGCCAUCGACUCUAUACCUUGAAUUACAUUCUCUUCGUUUUACCUGCCGACUCGGAGACACGCAACCAAUUUCUUCGAAAGAUGGAAUCAGGCCUUGCGCAACAGCAGCAAGGAAAAGAGUUACUACAACAGCGCGGAGGCAUGGAAGCUCAUUUCUCUGUCCGAUAUGCAUUGGAUCAUUGCCGACGUCGAAGGAGAAAGACAUUGUUAGAGGAUGCCUUUGAAGCUGAAAAACGUAAUGGAGGCAACGUGGAAGGAGCUAUUCUACCCACCACGAGUACGCUGUCUGCCGAGGAGAUGCGAAAACAUAAUCACAUUGUCGAGAAUGCCCGAUACAUUAUUGAACAAUGCUUAGACAGUGAAGCCAGAUUAGGACAUCAAGAAAGAGACGCUAUGUAUGUCCUUCACAGUAUGCGAGCAGGAUUAUUGGAUGCAUUUGAUAUACACAUCGAAUUGGUAGAGGAUAGAACACUUCGCCAACGAUUGAAACGGCUCGUUGAAAAAAAUAAAGCAUCCUCUAACGCUGCCUCCUCCUCACCAUUACCGAUGACCUCGAAAGGCACGACGACUAGCUAUGAUACGAUACCACCACCUUGCAAAAAUCCUUUUGAAGAUGAAGAUUUGAUUGUCACCGAAGAGGAUGAAUCAUCUCUAGAGGAAGGAAAGUUUUUUGAAGACAUUGUAUAUAAAUCAAAAAAGAAAGAAGUUGUGGCUGGUCCAAUGAUGCAGUAA